ACACACACACACAUUAACACACUCACAUUAGAUUAGAUAUGGGAUGCUUUCUUGCAUGCUUUGGAUUCAAAGAGAAGAAGAAGAAGAAACUCUGCAACAAAAACUCCUCUUUUGUGGAACAACACAACCAAGGCUACGUGCCUCUUGAUUCAGAUACAUCUCAGCUCAAGGAGAAGCCAUCAUCAAUAUCGAAACUCAAAAAGAAAGUGAGGUUUAACCUAAAUGUGAAGGCUUACGAAGCGAUUUCACAUGAAGUCGCCUCGUAUCUUUCAGAGGAAGAAGAAGAAGAAGAAGAAGAAGCGAACAACACCGCAGGUAGCUUGCACUACGAAGAGGACGCAAUCGCAUCCUACCCCGCAAGCUAUAGAUACCAAAAUUGCAGGUACAGCGAUGAUGAAGAAGAUGAAGAUGAAUACAUAGAACUUGAUGAAAGUGAAAACGAACUGGAUGAAGAUGAUGUUAGUAGCAUUUAUGACGAUGAUGAUGAUGUUACCAAGAAUAUUGAAGUUCAGACAACUGAAUCGAGAUCGAAUCCUCAACGGUACGAUUCUUCCGUGCUUACUCCAAUUGAGAAUUUAUCUCAAUGGAGGGAAAUUAAAGCCAAGGCCAAAACAGAAGAUCUGAAGAUGCAUAAGGAGAAUUCAAACAUCUCAACCAUGGAUUCUCAUCAGUUUGAAUCGAAACUGAGGGUUAAUAAUGUAAUUUCAGUGGAUACGAGUUUAGCAAACUGGUUGAGCUCGUUGGAGAAGAAUCCACUCAUCAAUUCAGGCCUAUAAUUAUGAAGCUGCAUUUCAUCAAACACUUCAUGUGCAGUGUUGCAGGAGAGUUUCUAUACGUUGCUGCUUGUUUGAUUUGAGUUAUGGCAGCUCUGUUUUUUUUUUUCUUUCUUUUUUUUUUUAUCGGUUUUGGCAUAGAUUUUUCAGGCUAUAUAUAUUUGCUGGUGAGAAUCAGUAAUUUUUCUUUACAUUUCUGUAUCUGUAUAUGAAUUGAAUAUUAUAUUUACAAUAUUUAUGUUAUUCCUACCCA